AACCAAUGUGGGACCAUGCCACAUCUGCUGGUCUGAGGUAAAAAGGGUAGGCCGAAGAAAUCCUAGCUAGACGUGGAAAAAGAUGAUAAGCCAAUGGACUUAAAUUUAGAGACUUCGUCGAAUUCAGAAGGAGCGUCCCGGUAACGAAGCAUUACAGUGGAAGAUGUAACUGGGAAUACGCAAAGGUAUGUGGUGGUACGCCAGAGCGGCGUGCGUGGCGUUGCUGGUGCUACCAGCUGCUUCCAAAGAGUUGGGCGAAGAUGUCUCCAGGGUGGAGGAAGAGCUACCUCAAGCUCAGGAACCAGACCUUAUCAAUUACGACGAUUAUAACCCGACCGAAUUUGAUGAGGAUGAAAACGCUGUGAUAGACUUUACUAAUCAGCAAAGGGGGCAAUCGCAAUUGCCAGGUUCUGUCGGCGUGACCAGAAGACCGCCUCUUUCGCCUUCAACCCGAGCGCCAUUACCACCUCGGCCAUUACCUCGAUGUAUCGACAUGGGUCGGACCUGGUCUGAAGGCGAGCGCUGGAAGAGGGACAACUGUACCCUCUGCCAAUGCUUCUCCGGCCGAGUCAACUGCACCACGGCGAGAGAGUGCCUCUUUCGUAAUGGAGUUAGCCCCGCAGUGAAUGCCAGCCCAUCAACCCCAGUGAGGGGUGCGCCCGGUCGCCCGGGAGACGAGGGGCCAUUAGGACCACCAGGCGUGCCCGGGGUGAAUGGGGUACCUGGGGCACCUGGUAUACCUGGACCUGCUGGACCUAUGCCUGACAUUCACGCUAUCCAGGCGUAUCUGGCACAAAUGGCCGCUUCAACUGGCGGCGGUGAUAAGGGACCCACCAUCGAUCCUUAUGCCUUCAUGCAGGCUUCUGUCGGCGCGCCAGGCAUUCGGGGAAUUCCAGGUCCACAAGGUCCUCCCGGGCCGCAAGGUUUCCAGGGUCCCCGAGGAGAGCCCGGUGAACCUGGUUUGCCGGGACCAUUGGGACCACCAGGAGAGAGGGGACUUCCAGGAAUACCAGGAAAAGACGGUUCACCGGGAGAGGACGGGGAACCUGGACCACCAGGUGCAGCGGGACAACCAGGGCCCAGGGGCACACCUGGGGUACCUGGAAUACAGGGUCUGAAGGGGCAUCGAGGGUACGAUGGCAAGGACGGGGCAAAGGGCGAACAGGGACUGCAGGGUGAAAAGGGACCCACUGGCCUGCCUGGACCUUUGGGGCCUACAGGACCCGUGGGUCCAGUGGGCGCACGGGGAGAACGGGGACGUGAAGGACCUCCAGGUCCUCCAGGUAUUCGAGGAGCUGACGGUCCACAAGGACCUCCUGGAGUCAUGGGAAACGUUGGUAAAACGGGUGCCCCUGGUUUCCCUGGUACACCUGGUGCAAAAGGCGACCAAGGCGCUAUUGGACCUAAAGGCAGCCAAGGUGCACAAGGACCCAGAGGCGAGUCCGGCAGACCUGGGCAGCCCGGGGAAGUGGGCGCACCUGGUAUACCCGGACGGGAUGGGGUGAAUGGAGAAAAGGGUAUCCAAGGCUCGCAAGGCCCUGCUGGGCCACAAGGAUUUCCUGGACCUAGAGGCACACCGGGUGUGGCGGGUGAGUCUGGGACACCUGGCUCUAAAGGAAUACCUGGACAACCUGGAGAAAGAGGAUUAAAAGGUGAUUCUGGCCCUAGAGGUGAGCUUGGUGCUCCUGGCCCCAGAGGAUUGCCUGGCAGUGUCGGACCAGAGGGCAAACGGGGAAAAAGAGGUCUUAGGGGACCUGCUGGGAAUGUUGGUCCUCAAGGUGAAAGGGGUCAACAGGGUAUGAGAGGAUUGCCUGGGGCUGAUGGGCCAAUGGGUGCCAAAGGUCACCCUGGAGAAAGAGGAGGCGUUGGAUUACCCGGGCUUAAAGGAAGUUCUGGAGAUCCUGGCAGAGCUGGACCACAAGGUACUCCUGGGCCUAGAGGUAUCAUUGGACGACCUGGCAUAGCCGGGAAAACUGGACCACAAGGCGAAAGGGGUAUACCAGGUGCAGAUGGCAGGCCUGGUGAACAAGGGCCUCAAGGGUUACAGGGCCCCCCUGGAAUGAUGGGACGGCCAGGAGAAAGGGGACUUCAGGGGGAACCUGGUAAAGACGGCGAGACUGGUCAAGCGGGACCCCAAGGCCCUAAAGGAGACGCCGGUAGAGAUGGGAGCCCUGGUGUGCAAGGACCUCAAGGUCCAGUAGGAGCGGCUGGUGAACGGGGACCUACUGGCCCACCUGGACCUAAUGGAUUCCCUGGAAUGCCAGGAAGUGCUGGUUUACCAGGGUCUCCCGGUAAAGAAGGUGAACCUGGAUUAGCUGGCCCCGUUGGACCACCUGGUCCCUCUGGACCUCAGGGUGAAAGGGGAUUUACUGGCGAAAGAGGUCUUCCAGGUCAACCAGGACCUGUAGGCGAGAAAGGAGAAACUGGAGCCCAGGGAUCUGAUGGACCUCCUGGUCCCGAAGGACAAAGGGGCGGUAAAGGCCACUCUGGGCCAAUGGGAGCUAUGGGUUUACCUGGUCCCCGUGGCUUAACUGGACCCGCGGGUGAAAAGGGUGAAAGAGGAACUGCCGGCCCCCCUGGAAGUGAUGGACCAACAGGUCGGCAAGGCGACCAAGGACCUCAAGGUCCUAUGGGACCCGCCGGUCCACCUGGAGAACCAGCUGAGCGAGGUGAACCGGGAACCCCAGGUGUUCCCGGAGAAGCCGGUGCCCCAGGGUCACCAGGAGAACGUGGGCAGCCGGGGUCACAAGGCGUCCCGGGUUUGCCGGGCCCAACCGGCCUAACGGGCAUGCCGGGGUUGAAGGGAGAUAGAGGAUAUGCUGGUGCUAAGGGACAAGAAGGAUCACCGGGUAGCCCAGGAUUAGUAGGAGAGCAAGGCUUGCGUGGUUUACCCGGCCAAGUGGGGGCGAAGGGAGCUCGAGGGGAACAGGGACACAAAGGAGAGGCUGGACAUGCAGGUUUGCCUGGAAGACCUGGGGAUACAGGCCCGGCGGGUCCUCAAGGCAGUACCGGACCAGCAGGAGCACCAGGCAUACCAGGUGCAAAAGGUGCGACCGGUGAUUCUGGACGUCCUGGGGCUCCGGGUCCGAUCGGGCUUACUGGUCCCUCUGGCCCCGAAGGUCCGAAAGGAGAGCGUGGCGCUGAGGGUGAAACGGGACCGCAAGGGUUGAUGGGUCCGUCCGGGCCUCCGGGAGAAAGGGGACCGAGUGGGUUACCGGGAAUGGUCGGGGCACCAGGUCCUCAGGGACUACGUGGAAAUCAGGGUGAAAGUGGUGCGCCUGGCAAAUCGGGUGCCGAUGGGGCUCCGGGGCCAGCCGGGACCCCAGGAUUGCAAGGCCCACCCGGGCCCAUGGGCGAACAGGGUCCCGAAGGCCGACCGGGUAAGCAGGGCCCACCUGGGAUUUCCGGAAGACCUGGAGAUAAAGGUCCCAUGGGUCAGCCGGGGCAAUCAGGACCAGCUGGACCUCCUGGAUUACAGGGUUCUGCAGGGCCCACGGGUCCACCAGGACCCGCUGGAGAAAGAGGCCCGAGAGGGGAAGUGGGUUCCCCAGGAGUUGACGGACCCCAGGGCCCCGCAGGCAAACAGGGGCCUCCCGGCUUGGACGGCCUGAAAGGAGAGAGAGGUGAACAGGGAGCAGAUGGGUCAAAAGGUCACGCAGGGCUGCCUGGGUUGCCGGGGAUGGUCGGUGCUCCGGGUAGACAGGGUGAAAGGGGACUACCUGGUACAGCGGGUCCAGCAGGGAAGGACGGAGAACCUGGCACUAGAGGUCCUCCGGGUCGUGACGGUAGUCCCGGUCCACAAGGCCCGUCCGGCCCACCCGGUCCUCGGGGCCCAUCUGGGGACACCGGUCGUCACGGGGCUCCUGGCCCACCCGGACCUCCAGGUCCACCAGGUCCGGCUGGAGAAGGGCUGGCUUACGAUGCUGCUGCACUUGCUGCUAUGCUUCAACAAGGCUCCGUCAAAGGUCCAGACCCACUAGGCGACGACCCCAACCUGCUCCCCGCUCGGUUCUUCAAAGACGACAUGACCCCCGCUGAGAAGAAAGAUGUCGUGAUGAAGGCUUACGAAAGGCUCAAGGUCUCCCUGGACAAGUUCUUGAGACCAGACGGAUCUAAAGACGCUCCGGGCAAAACUUGCGGCGAUAUCAAGUACCAUCAUCCGGACUUUGAAAGCGGUCAAUACUGGAUCGACCCCAAUGGAGGCGACAUCAACGACGCCAUUUUGGUCUACUGCGACUUAGAGACUGGCAGCAGCUGCGUGUACCCCAAACCUAUGAUGUCCAAGGACAUCGCGUAUAGAGGAAGAGAGAAAGAGGCUUGGCUCAGUGAGAUGGAAGAAGGAUUCACUAUCACAUACAAAGCCGACCACACCCAGCUCACAUACCUGCAAUUACUCUCAUCUCGCGCCACCCAAAAUGUGACCUUCCACUGCCGCCGAACCGUGGGCUACUUCGACCCAGCCACGAACAACUACCGCAGAGGCAUCAAACUCUUAGCUUACAACGACGCGGAGAUACUGCCAAAGGCAAAUAACAGGCUGAGGUACAGAGCGCUUCUGGACGAGUGUCAGUACAAGAAGGACGAGUGGGCACAAACAAUAGUUCAGUUCGAGACAGACAAGCCUGGCAGGCUCCCACUGCUGGACGUCGGGAUCCGGGACGUGGGGAGACCCAAUCAGAUGUUCCGGGUCGAACUGGGACUCGCCUGUUUUGUAUAACGCGAUAAAAUCGAGAUGUCACGAAAUCAAAGGAUUACCAAUGAGAAAAAAGGCUUAAGAUAUUUGAAUGACAAUAACUAAUGAAUGAUGAUGUUGAUGGAAAAUGCAAUGAAUUAGUAUGAAAACGUUUUGUGCAUAGCGUCGAUAUUGAGAUGGGCAUAUAUUGGUUACACAUUCAGAAAAAAGUGCAUGUGUGUGUAACCAUGGACCAAGCUGGUGAGAAGCCUUGCAAGAGGGUUCAGAUCGAACGGAGAAAGAUGGACGAUGGUGAGGAAUGAAGGUGGAUUUAGAAGCUUCUCGCCUAGCUAUCAUUAUAGGAUAGUCUCGAUUAUUUGGAUAGAUUUGAAGCAAGUCAAUGAGGUAUCUCAAUUCUUACUUAUAAGUACUUAUCUAAGCAAUAAUGUGUUUUACAAUUAACUGAUCAUAUGUCUUUAAAAAAAUAUUAAGUAAGUAUAAAGCGGUUAUUUUAGAAAUUUGAACAUUUUAUUAUAUUUUAAGCAUUUUUUUAGAUAUAAGUUUUAAUAA